AUGGAAAAAACAAUAAGCAAAAAGUCCCAUGGAUAUGAUGGUCAGAGUCUCGACAAUGGAGCACUUGAGCAACUACAGCCAUUUCAAUUCUCUCCUGAGGCAGAGAAAAAGCUUGUUCGAAAAAUCGAUUUCAUCUAUCCAGCUUCCUUAUUAAUGGUGAAAUUUCCCCUCGGAAAAUAUCUCGCAAUUAACUUCAUGCUAUGGGCAGUUAUACUGGCAUGUCAUGCAGCAACGAAAAGCUUUGCAACAUUUAUGGUAACUCGUUUCUUUCUUGGAUGCACCGAAGCUAGUCUCUCCCCUGGUUUCACCCUCCUCACAUCGCUUUGGUACCGUACCUCCGAGCAGCCUCUGCGAUCGGGUAUAUGGUUCUGUGGAAAUUCUCUCUCCCUCGUCUUUGGCAAUCUCAUUGCUGCUGGUAUCAUACACAUCAAAAGCAAACUUGAAGCUUGGCAGUGGCUUUUUAUCGUCUUUGGUAUCAUUACGUUUCUUUUUGGAAUUGUGAUGCUUCUACGCUUACCUGACUCACCAUCCAAUGCAAGCUUCCUUACUGAGGAAGAGCGAAUGAUUGCCAUGGAACGACUUAAGGAUAAUAAAACCGGAUACAAAAAUACUCACAUUGACCGCCAGCAGAUAUUCGAGGCAUUCACCGACGUUCAGACCUGGCUACUCGCUAUACUCAUGUUUUCUGUAAAUAUUGCCAAUGGAGGUUUCACCACGUUCAAUGGUCUUGUUUUGAAAGGUUUUGGAUUCAAUACCUUUCAUACUCUACUGCUGGGUCUCCCAGGAGGCAUCAUUGUAUGCUUCUUUGUCCUUUUAUCUAUUCUAGGAAGUGCUCUUGUAUACGCGGGACCAAACAUCGCGGCUCGCUAUGCUGGUCUACUUUUCAUGGGUGUAUACUCUGCCUCCAUGCCAGUAUCAAUGGCAAUGAUCAGUUCUAAUGUCGGUGGAUUUACCAAACGAGCCACAAUUAGCUCCAUCUUUUUUAUUAUGUAUUGCGCAGGAAACAUUGUGGGGCCACAACUCUUUUUUGCUAAGGAGGCGCCAAAAUAUCAGAGUGGAUUUCUAGCCAUCAUAAUUUGUCUCGCUGUUUGCGUUUUUGAUAGCCUCCUGUUGUUGGUCUAUUUUAAACGAGAGAAUAACCGAAGGGACAGGAUUGAAACUAGGUCAGACACUUCUGGUUCAGACCCUGGCAAGGAAGCUGAAGGUGGUACACAAAGCAUGCUGCAAGAUCUUACAGACAGGAAUAAUGGGCAGUUUCGAUAUGUGUAUUAA